AUGAGCAGUCGUCUCACCCGGCACCGAGGGAAGCAGACGCCUGGUGCCGUAUUCACGUCUGUUCGACCGUCCUUGACUCCUCACGCGCGACUGCGCUACCAGCCGCCCGCGCGCGCGCGCGUUCCAUCACCUAACAUCACCUCAAAGCCUCCAAAUCGCGCUCGUAGACACCAGUCCAUCGGAGUCGUCCCCGCAACCGGACGCCUCGCGCGUGUCUCGCGUUUCCCAUACCAGGAGAAGCAAGUGCCCUCCCAGGGCAGGGUGGGCACGCAAGAGCCGCGCCAACCCUCGCUUCCACACCUGACUUCCACACACCCGCUCACGGCAGAACGCUGGCACCUGCAGGCCGCACACCCCACGCGUGCAUCACAGCCGGCCUCGCCUCCCAUCCAUCCCGCGGCACUCUCGCGAACGCCGUCACCGUCGCGGUUCGCCCGGACCCGAGCGCAUCGCAGUCGCCCGCCGAGGUCCCCAGGCGCUCCCGCACUCGCGCGGACACAGCGGUCGACGACUGGUUGCGCCCACCGUGCCGCGAUAGACCCGACGCGAGCCUCGCCCACCGUCCGCGCAACAGCCCGCCCCACCUUCGACAGCCCGAUCGGCGCGCGCACGCGCGCCCCCUCCCCCAUCCAUCGUGCCGAUCGAAUCCUCCGUGGCUCCACGAAGCCCCACGAAGCCCCACGACCCACCACGACGGCCACGAAGCGCCCCGGCGCCAGACACGCCCACGCGUGUCCCCUUACACACCACUCCCUGGGCCGCACAAUCACGGAACGGGCGCGGAACACCCGUACCCACCCCACCCCGCGCCCCGCGUUCCACAACCGUCAAAAAACACCCCAGAUCACACCCCUCUUCUCCCGCGCAGGCAGAUGA